UAACAGCCUCCAGCAAGGGCUCCGCCUGUGGUAGAGGCAAAGGCAGGCAGUCCCCAGAGACGUUUGUGCAGCUGAAACAGACACAGCGCCCCAGUCCUUCCUGGCUACCGGGAUGGCCCUCACAAACACCACCGCCAAGGAUCUGGACAAGUUCAUUGAAGACCAUCUCCUGCCGGACACCCGUUUCCGCACAGAGGUCAGACAGGCCAUCGAUAUGAUCUGUGCCUUCCUGAAGGAAAGGUGUUUCCGAGGUGCCCGCCACCCUGUGCGGGUGUCGAAGGUGGUGAAGGGUGGCUCCUCGGGCAAAGGCACGACCCUUAGAGGCCGGUCUGAUGCAGACCUGGUCGUUUUCUUCACAAACCUCAGCAGUUUUCAGGAGCAGGUGUCACGCCGGGGAGAGUUCAUCACGGAAAUUAGGAGACAACUGGAAGAGUAUCAAACCCAUAACUCAAAAGACAUGUUUCAAGUAACCUUUAAAGUCCAGAAUCCACAAUGGUCCAACCCCCGCGUUCUCAGCUUUGAGCUAAGUUCCCACUGGUUGACAUGGAAUACAGUGGAGUUUGAUGUGCUUCCCGCCUAUGACGCCCUGGGUCAGGUCAGCAACACCAAAGCCUACAGACCCAAUCCCCAAAUCUAUGUCAAGCUCAUCAAUGAGUGCACCUUGAGCCACAGAGAGGGUGAGUUCUCCACCUGCUUCACUGAGCUCCAGAAGGCCUUCGUGAAAGGGCAGCCAACCAAGGUGAAGAGCCUGAUCCGCCUCGUCAAGCACUGGUACCAGCUGUGCAAACGAAAUCUUGGGAGUCCCCUGCCACCACAGUAUGCACUGGAGCUGCUGACGAUCCAUGCUUGGGAGAGUGGGAGUGGAAAAACCUCUUUCAACAUGGCCCAGGGAUUCAGGACUGUCUUGGAAUUAGUCAUCGAGUACAAGCAGCUCUGUGUCUACUGGAUGGAGUUUUAUGACUUUGAAAACCCUACCAUUGGAGACUACCUGAAGGGGCAGCUGAGGAAACCCAGGCCUGUGAUUCUGGACCCCGCUGACCCUACUGGAAACUUGGGUGGUAAAGACUCAGAGCGCUGGCAGCGGCUAGCACAAGAGGCAGAAGCCUGGCUGAGCUACCCGUGCUUUAAGCUCUGGGAUGGGUCCUCUGUGAGCUCAUGGGAACUGCCAGAAUUGCACAGAAGAUCAAUAAUGAUGGACGAAAUAGGAAUGUAUUUGGAGGCUGGGCAAUGGAAGCCUCCAGCACACAGUGAGGGCGAUGGGGUGACCUGGCCACAGGCUAGAGUCAGAGCAAAUCCAGACUCUGACUUCCUCCAGCACAUGUCAGCUCCGCAGGCCCAGGAGACCUGGUCGUGCACCCUCCUGUGAGCACCAGGCAUCUGCGGGCCGAGGGGUGACAACAGACCUGAGAGAUGACCAGAGAGAUUUAGACAAGAGAGCGGCAUUCAGCCUUGAUUUUCAUCUGUGUCCCAUUCAUGAUCAAUGACAAUAAAAAUGACAGAAGCUGC